AUGUUGCAAAGAGCAAAGGGUACUCAUCGAUCUAAAAGAAGAAAGUAUCCAUGGCUGCUCUACGUGGCUGCCAUCUUGAUACUCUCGACGGGAAGAUAUAUUUUGUUGAGUGCCUUGUUGGGCACUUGGGAUUCUUCUCAAGUCUCAUGGUCAUUAUCCCUGGAAUCCAUCACGACGGUUCCAGCAAUGAAGAAGAAUGGUGCCAGCUUUACCAUUGUGGUAUUGGGUAUGGAUCGUUUCAAUUCCAUGAAACGCCUCCUUGAUUCUCUGGAUGCGACGGAUUAUGGUUCCGAUCAUGUGGAUUUGGUGAUUCGCUUUGACCGACCAACAAUAAUAGCAACUGAUGGUACGGCUGGUGCUGAAUGGCUCGUCCAAGUGGAAGAAAUUCGAUCUAGAGUUUCGUCUACCUGGAAGCAAGGGAAUGCUAUUAUUGUCGUCGCCAACGAACCAAUGGGCCUUCGAAGAUCAUGGUUGGAGGCUUGGAAGCCACAAGAUGAACACGAACGCGCCAUCAUUCUAGAAGAUGAUGUGGAGGUUUCUCCGAUUUGGUACAGGUGGCUUCAACAAGCCCAUGAUACCUAUGGUGAACGCUCAGAUUUAGCUGGUAUUAGUUUGCAACGGCAAACUUUGAUUCCAAAGAUGAUUCCUAUUCAAAAGGGACGACGAAACCGACGAAUGAUGAACAAGAAGAAGAAUAUCAUGGUCAAAAAUAAGAAGAUUUUGGAAAGCCCCAAGGAGGGUCAGCCAUUUCUGUUCCGACUUGUCGGAUCUAUUGGUUAUAGUCCAAAGGCAUCUGUUUGGAUGGACUUUUUGGACUUUGCCAACUGUGCGUUGGACACGAACUUGGAUGUCAGCGUUCCAGAUCUGAUCACUUCAGGCUGGUAUGGUUACUUUGACAAGACGUCCAUGUGGACACAGCUCUUUAUUUAUUUCUGCAACCAUCAAAAGUUGUCGACUCUAUAUUACUUUCCUCCCAACAAUCGUGUCCUGGCAGCUCAUUGGAGGGAAAAGGGGGCACAUCUUUCUGCCAGUUAUGGUCGGGACUUUGAACUCGCCACAGCGCACGACGAAGACCUUCACUUUCCUUCGGAACUGGCAUCACUGGACUGGGACGCCAAACCCAUUGAAAGUCAACCAACUGUGAGACCUUUGGUAAUGAGUGUUGCUUUGCAUUAUGGCCGAGAAGAGUUUGAUCGAUUCGUCCUUGGCCUGCGGAAAUAUUAUCGCGGGGAUAUCGCUCUCCUUAUAUCUUCUUCGGCAACUGCUGAAAUCAAGGACCUGCUAGUCGAACACAAUGUCACUUUUCUGGAAUCAGACGCAGAAGGUGGCCGGCAAUUCACUCCCAAAUGGAGACGUAUCAUCAAAACAAGGUACAAGUUCUACCAGGGCAUGUGUCGGCCAGAGAAGUAUGAUGCAUGCAUGAUUCUCGACUUUCGAGACGUUCUCUUCCAGUCCAAUCCUUUGGCGCAAGUGAAAGUAGUACCGAGUGAACCAACAUUGCAUGUAUACCUCCACAACAUCAAAACCAAUAGAUGGGCAAAGAGACAAGUCAUGAAUUGCAAGGGUGCCAAGGCGUCGUGGUUGGAAGAUCAAUGGUUUAUCAAUGCUGGAGGUUUGAUUGCCAGCCCUUCUAUGAUUGCAAAGAUAUCAACUCUCAACAGAAUGUUCGGCUACAGAUGCGACGAUCAAAUAGCAUUGAACUUGGCAGUAUAUGGAAAGAAAUUAUCUGACAACAGCAGCAUCAUCAUGCACAAGCAGGGAGAGGGAAGCAUCAACAAUGCUGCCUGGGGUGGUGUUUUCCACAAAGAUUCUCGUCGACGCAUUCUGAAUCACGAUUGCUUUCCUUCGCCAGUGGUCCAUCAAUUCGACGUCAUUGAGAAAACCAAAGAAAGGGCCAAGCUUGGUUGA